UGGGCGGAGUUUCACUCCUGUCUGACAGAAACAACUCUCCGACCUUUGAAACCAGCAGGGAGAGAGAGAGAGGGAGAGACAGAAAGAAAAUAAAAGAGAAGUGAAGUCCGGAAUGGCCACAGAUUUCACUCAGGACACGGUGUUACAUUUCCUCCAGAGCAGCGGAGGCUCGGUGAAAAACUCGGACCUGCUCCUGCACUUCAGGAACUUCAUCCGGAACCAUGCGGACCAGGAGCGAAAUCGGGAGCUCUUCAAGAAGUUCGUCAACUCCGUGGCGACCGUCAGGCAGGAGGACGGCGUCUCAUAUGUCGUUCUCAGGAAGAAAUACAAAGGAAACGUCCCGGGCGACGGUGCAGGGGCGUCCUCCGGGCCGCCACGACGCCCCGCCGGGAGGAACCCCGAGUCUUCCCCGGGAAGCACCAACCCGGACUCGGCUGUGAGCGCAGAGAAGCAACCUCGGGUGAAACCACUGUUUAAGGAGGUGACGGCAGCCGCCCCGCCGGGAGAAACCGCCAAGAAAACAGUCCUACCUUCAGCUGGCAUCAUCAUCAACAACAACAACAACAAUGUGGAGACGAAUUUUAACCUGAAACAGCAACAACAGGUAAACAGCACACCUGCGUUUUCAGGUAGACAGCUAGCAGCUCAGAUCCCAGAGAGACCAGAACUGAAGACCCCCGGUCUGCAUGAACCUCCUGCCCGGGAUCAGUGCAUCAGGGUGGGGCAGCAGACGGUCGGCUUCGGCCCUCCUCCUGGGAUCACACCUGUGGUCCCUGCAGUCCGACGUCAUGGAGAAACCAGCCAGCAAGUCCUAGUCCCUCAGUCCCUCAGAGGGAGGGAGGCCUACCUGCAGCCUGAAGGAGGUCUUCAUCAUCAAGAGCCUCCUCUUCCUCAGGUCAGUCUUCCUCCUCAGGGCGCUCCUCGCCAGUUCAGACACAGGAAGAGCUACAAGUCUGCUGUGUCAUGUGAUGAAGAUGAGGAGGAAGAGGAGGAGGUCCCAGCGAGGCGAGGUUCAGCAGGAGGAGCAUGGCCCCUGAACGCUCCUCUAGGAGACACAACGAAGGCCAUCUCCACCUCCUCGCCUUGCAUCGUAGACCCGCCUCCUCCUCCUAAAGUCAGUCUUCCUCCUCAGGGCGCUCCUCGCCAGUUCAGACACAGGAAGAGCUACAAGUCUGCUGUCUCAUGUGAUGAAGAUGAGGAGGAAGAGGAGGAGGUCUCAAGGCGUGGUCCAGCAGCAGCAGCAGGAGGAGGAGGAGGAGGAAGAGCAGUGUGGCCCACGAGUGCUGUCUCUGACUCUUCCCUGCCUCCUCCCUCUGUCGUCUCCUCUUCCUCCUCCUCUUCAUCAGAAAGGAGUCUCCCAAAGAUUUACAUCCAGGAUGUUGAGGGGGGAGUGCUGCCCUCUCUUCACCCAGGGUGGAGCUCUGAGUCAGGGAUGGGGCUGAGAGGACAGUGGGUGGGGCUGGAACCCACAGAGUCGAUGUCCACCAAACAUGGCCGCUCUUUAACGCCAUCUCCAGACCGAGCUAAAGAGGCGUCGCCCCUCCGAGACAUCCACCAGGACCGCCAACACCUGCAGGCCUCAGGUGUUCAGCCUGAACCCGGGCAGGUGCCUCAUCAGGGCCAGAGGUCAUGGAUGUCGUCCAGCCACAGCAGCAUCUUCACCCCCUCGUCUGAUGCUGGCUUUUCCAGCGGCGACUGGCCGCAGUCUGGCUCCUCAGGAUCAGGGUGGAACAGCAGCCACGAGGAUCUACAGACCAGAACAGGUGAAACUGGGCGCGCGGUUAAAAUCCAGGAAGUACUCCAGCGAACCCAAGGGCCGAAGCUCGGGCCUGUGACGCACCUCGCCGACAGUGAAACAGCAGCGGGCCGUUUCCAUGACGACCGACACGUCACAGCUCACCUGUCUCCAUUCCAUAACUCCACUGACGAUCUCCGUUACGACCAGGCCUCCACAGGUCGCGUGCAGUGGCACCUCUCCACAGGUGAUCUCUAUGACGACCGGGAGGACGCAGAGUCCAGCGAGGGCUCCACCUCUUCACUGCGGCAGCACCCGGCGGUCGUCAGGCGGUUCAGCAGCCAGUUGAGGUCCAGGAUGUGUCGCAGCUUAGGGGCCGACCUCGACCAGCUCCUGCAGGAGGAGGCGAGGGGAGGAGGAGCAGGAGGAAGUGAGGCGGCCCGACUAAACCGCCUCCACCUCAUCUCCUCCACGCUCAGCCUUCGCCACAACCUCUCAUCCUCCUCGCUGUCAUCGUGUUCGACGCCGCCACGCUGCCAGAGCCUCGCCAACCUGGUGGAGGGGCCAGAGCGGGGAGGAGGGGGGAGGAGACACUCUGCUGCUGCCACCGCCUCCUCCACUGCUCACCAUGAAGGCUCCAGCAAACAGUCGUUGGUUCCUCUGGAGCCCAGGGAGCACACCUGGCUGGUGAAGGGCGCGGCGGGAGCUUGGCCCGACAUCUACUCCUUGUUCAGAGAGGACUCGUCCCUGCUCAACAAACGAGACUUCAUCUCCGGCUUCACUGUGCUGCACUGGAUCGCUAAACAUGGCGACCACAGAGUCCUCAACACCUUAUGGUACGGAGUUGAAAAGGUUGGUUUGAAGUUUGACAUAAAUGCCAGGUCAACCUGCGGCCACACGCCUCUCCACAUUGCCGCCAUUCAUGGCAACAAGAACAUCAUGCGACUGCUGGUCAACAAGUUCAGCGCUGACGUGAGGCUGAGGGACACGGCGGGGAAGAGGCCCUGGCAGUACCUGAGCCACACGGCGCCGGUGGAGAUCUUCCACCUGCUGGGAGCUCCAGCACGAGCCGCCAUGGGAGGAGAUGGGGGAGUCAGGAGAGUGGACACGAGCUGGGAACAGCAACAGCAGCAGCACCGCCGCCGCCGCCAUCACCUCUCCUCGGCUUCAGGAGAGAGGCCGCUAACUGUCGCAGGCACCAUGAGGGUCAAGAGGUCGUCGUCUAUCGCUGCGCUUCUCAAACACAAAUCACUGCGACGGUUUUAUGGACAUCAGUCUGACUCCUCGGUUUAAAAACCUGCAACUGAUAGAAAGCAGUGCCAAUUCUAGUGAAGUUAGCAUGCUAACCAGGUAGCCCCGGCCUGGCUAGCCAGUCUCAUUACUUUCCGAUAGCAACUUAAUGUAGCAUCCAGACUGCCCUGAAGAAGUAGCGCUGCUCAGAGCGCGUGUGCUAGCUUGUAAUUACAAUUUUGUCACAGUCCAACAGGCUUACUACAUUAUAAUAUAUUUAGCAGUGGCUAAUCCUGCUAUCUUAGCUAUCUAUAUCUGAAAUGUCUCCCUACAAGGAGUCUUCCAAGCUAAAAUUAAUUGCUACAAUCACUGUAUUUCUUUAGAGAUAAAGAGAACUCCAAACUGAACUCCAGAAAGUCCAUGUUAUCAACUGUUUUGGCUCCAUCUGAUUUCAAGAAGCCUUCUAAUAAAUGCCCAGUGAAAGAGUCAUGGUUAAAAUUAAGCAGUCUAGUUGGAGUCUAGCCAGCUAGCAUGUUGCCAGUUAGCUUUCCAGCUACAGUAGCUGUUCAAACUAGUGACGAGGAAGGCUGGUCAACGGCACCAGCUCUAGAUGGAACCUGACAGAGGAACAUGAGUGGUAUCUGUUUAUCAGAGGAAUGUAGAUAGCAGCACUUUCCAGUCUCAUAUACAGAACAUACUCAGUAGGAUUUGAACAUGAUGCAGCUUCUCUCAAAGUUGUACAUCCUUUACAUCACUGUGGAUGCAGUAAAGUGGAUGGAUGCAGGUCUUUACUGGACCUGAAGUUCUGCUCUCUGUAUGAUUCUCUGUUUUCUAACCUUUACUGGAACAUAAAACAUUUCAGGAGAUACACACAAAAACUGUAAAAAACGUCAAGUUUUAUUUUGUUCGUCGCACUUUUCCUGGUUCCAAACUGUGAGUGCAUGUGUGGUCUUCUGUCCACAGAAUGGAUUUUAAGCUCAGUCCAGAUAAAGGGAACAAAACGAAGCACUCGUCUGCAACUGGACAUGAACGCCAAAGACAAGACUGUGAGACUGUGAUUUGCAAGCACUUGGCAGAGCGGCUCGGUUUUCAGCAUGACUGCCUGAUGUCAUUGUUGAGAGAGAGAGAGAGAAAAAAAGAAGUUUACGAGCUGCAGCGUAACGUGAGCUCGCAGAGACAUGUUCAGAGUUCAGAGACGGUCAACAACAGAGACGAUACUGCAGCUCUUUCAAUCUUGUUGCACACAUUUAUUUACAUUAAUCUGUACUUUUAUAUUCCUCACAUUGUUUCCACAUCAUCUAUAGUUUUUAGAUUUCCUUCCUUACAGCAACUGCUUUUAAUUUCUGUUAAAGUUAACUUGGAGUGAACAGAAACUUAACGUUGCUGGUGGACAAAAUAUCACAAACUCUUUUAUGAAGCUUCACUUUUUGUUUGCACUCAGUUUGCGGUGAUUUAUUCUGGUUUAUUUAUAAGUGUCUCACUCUUUUUUAUCCAUCAUCUCUGUCAGUAAUGAUAUUUCUCUCACUAGCUGAGACCUGUACCUUUGGACAGAACCAGGCUAACAGUUUCCCCCUGUUUCUAGUCUUUGCGCUAAGCUAAGCUAAGCUAAGAUAGUGUCCUGGUUGUAGCUUUAUAUUUACCAAACAGAUAUGAGAAUAAGUUUAUUUCUCAAAGUGCUGAUAGAAAUGAUAGAUGAAUUUAAUUUGAGACUAGUUUGUGACGGUGCUGUGACGGUCUAGCAUUUUGUUGUCGGGUGUUUGUGUUAUUUUGUCCACCUCCUUCGUGUUAUUGUCACCAUCUCCAGUGGCUUUUACAGUCACAGUUGCACAGGUAACGUCCAAAAAUCUGAUGAUCAUCCACCUGAUGUCUGUGUUUAUUAUUUGUCUGCAUUUUUCAGUUUUAUAUUUCACACAUUCAGUUUAAUAAUCACAAAACAAACCGUACAUGAUGUUCACUGCAAGUUGAUUUUAGCACAAAUGAAGUGAAACCAGUGGACACCUAGAAGGACAGUGAUGAGUCUAAAACAUUGAGUGAAUAGUUUAUACGAUGAAAACAUAAAUCUGUAACUCUGGUCCGAAGUUAACUGUAACUUAAUGUUUCUACGAGUGAGAUGUACAGUAUUUUUCACACCCACAAAAACAACUUUAUACACUGAGUAUUAAACAUGUUUCACAGUCGGGGAUGACUGUUUGUCGUCUUUAAAUGCUGUGGAUUAUUUUUUAUUUUUUUCGUGGAGCCCUGCUCAUGUCAAAAUCUGGUUGUUGGACGUUUAUUGCUUCAGAUUACACUGUGAUAACUUGGUGCAUAUUCCAGAAUAAAGUGUUUAUUCAGAUUACCACACAUAAACUUGUGGUUUG